AUGGCGGGAAGACUGUGUCUCUGUGGCCCUGGAGAUGACCUCUCCUUCCCCUUCUCUCCUCUCUGUGUUUCAGACUUGAGCCGCUCCACGGAACUCUCCUUUGCCAUCGAGCCCAGUGACCACAUAGCUGUGCAGGAGCAGCCGCUGGUGCUGUACUGCCAGGUGGAAGGCAUCCAGCCCAUCAGCAUCACGUGGCGCAAGAACGGGGUGCUGGUGGUGGACAAAGAGGACUCCUUCACACUCGCCAAUGGCUCGCUGUACUUCUCCCACUUCCAGAAACUGAAGGGCGAUGGGUCCUCAGACGAAGGCGAGUACGACUGCAUGGCUCAGAAUCGCUUUGGGAUGGUGGUGAGCCGCAAAGCCAGGAUUCAAGCAGCAAGUAAGUUGAGGAGGUUCCUCCAUCUUGCAAAUCCUUUACUUUGCCUUUGUUGACUGUUCGACAUUAAUGGAAGUGCAGUAGCUAAUUUGGCUGGAAGGUGUUGAUGGAGCACAGGUUAUAAUUGCUAGAAUGGGCAGGUUUUUAAAUGGUGAUCAGAAUAUUUCUAAGUAUUUGGGUGACAGUAAGCAGGAUGAGGGGCUCUACACCUGAAGCUCCUUUUUCUUUCUCAAAUAUUGGGGGGGGGGUCCCAUAGUUUGCAGUUAGGGCUGCAGUGCAGAAGGAAAGUUGGUUUUUCUUCUUUUUAGUUUGCAGGAUAAUUUUUUUUUAAUGGAAGAAAAUCUACAUUUAAAUGUGUGUUUUCAAAGAAAGUAUUUUAUGUCAAUACAAGUGGUACCUCGGUUUAAGAACAGUUCUGUUUAAGAAUGAUUUGCUUUACAAACUCCGCAAAACUAGAAGUAGUGUCCCAGUUUGAGAACUUUACCUCGGUCUAAGAAUGGAAUCCGAACGGUGGAAGGGCACUGGCGGAGGGAGGCCUCAUUAGGGAAAGCGUGCCUUGGUUUAAGAACAGUUUCGAUUUAAAAACUAACUUCCGGAACGGAUUAGGUUCGUAAAACGAGGUACCACUGUACACAUUUUUAGAUAAUGUUUUUAUUGGUGAGAACUGUGUUGGAACAUUGGGGGAGUCCAAAGGUCCACAGAUGCCACAUUCACAGAUACAUUUAAAUCCCUUUGAGAAUUGUAGCUCUGUGCAGGGGGUCAGGAAAUAGGGUUCUCCUGGAGCUCUCAGCAUCCUUGACAAACUACAGCUCCCAGAAUUCUUUGGAGUAAGCAAUGACUUUUUUAAAGUGAUGGAUACUGUUUUGUCUGUGUGGUAUGAAUAUGGCCUUAAAUAUGCCCCGCUGUGUUCAGAUUUGCACAUUAAACGCAGGAGGCAGGGAUCCAGUCAGUUUUCUAUUGCAUUUCUCAAUGAUUGGAUUCCUUGACUGUUCCCGAAUGAAGGGAUUCCCUCUCUCUCCCCCCCCCUUUAAUAUGUGUUGUAUCUUUGGACUGAAUGUGGUGGUAGUGGUGGUGACAGAAACAGAUCACAGUGGAUUGCAGGAAAGCCACAUGCUGUAAUAAACAUUGUCCAGCCACACAGUGAUUUUCUAUUUUUUUAAUCUUUGUAGUGAAAGAGGGGAAGAGGGAGGGUGUGAGAAGCUGGGACUCUUACUAGGCUGGAAUUUUGCCCUGGAAAAAGAUUCUGGAGAAGUAUGCCAUUGGGUGAGAUCAAUGUGAAUGACCUGAUCUUGAUUGGAAUCAGGCUGCUUGGAAAAGGCCAGGUUGGGUCAGGAUCAAAGGGGUACUGGUCCAGGGUUGCAGGGGGCAGAAGACCCAUUACUGUUUCUACAGCUGGGUCCAUGCAAGGUCCCUAUCCCCAAUUUCCUAGAGCCACCACAUCAGACUGAAAGGGGAGGGUUUGUUUUUAGUCACUGUGCUCCAAAGUAUUUAGGAACACCAAAAACAAGAGGUGCUUCAAUUUCAAGAGAAUGGGGUGGACAUUUUGUUAUGUACAGUGGAACUGCAACUAAUCCAGAAUGCAGCAGCUAGACUGGAGACUUUGAGCGGCCGCCAAGACCACAUAACACCAUCCUGAAAGACCUACAUUGGCUCCUGGUAUGUUUCCAAGCACAAUUCAAAGUGUUGCUGCUGACCUUUAAAGCCCUAAAUGGCCUCGGUCUAGUAUACCUAAAGGAGUGUCUCCACCCCCAUCGUUCAGCCCAGACACUGAGGUCCAGCUCCGAGGGCCUUCUCGCCUUCACUGCGAGAAGCGGGGCUCCAGGGAACCAGGCAGAGGGCCUUCUCGGUAGUGGCACCUGCCCUGUGGAACGCCUCCCACCAGAUGUCAAUGAAAUAAACAACUAUCUGACUUUUAGAAGACAUUUGAAGGCAACCCUGUUUAGAGAAGUUUUUCAUUUCUGAUGUUUUAUUCUGUUUUUAGUGUUCUGUUGGGAGCUGCCCAGAAUGGCUGGGGAAACCCAGCCAGAUGGGUGGGGUAUAAAUAAUAAUAAAAUUGCUACUCCUCCUCCUCCUCCUCCUCCUCCUCCUCCUCCUCCUACUUCAUGGAAAACACACCUUUGGUCAUUCCAAAAGAAGAUACAUACUAGAGAGCACUCCAAAUGAUUUCUCAAGUACGUGGACAGAAAAUAGUAGAUCUCGCUGAAAGGCAAGACAUAGAAAUCUGCACUGAUCAUUGCAAUGCAUCCCUGAUUGUUAUUGUAUAAUUAUAAGAUUACUGCAUAAUCUUGGAAGGUUGUAUUAUCUUAGAGGGAUUCCAUACUCAAACACAGCCAGCUGCACUGCAUGGGCUCUGGGACUGUAAUCAUGCAAGGUAUGUUAAAAAUUGACCUCCCUCUUUUACGCGAUGAGGAUAAGUUGCUUGCUGGCUUUUCCUAUCCGCCUGCUGCAGGUAGGAGCAUCACCCAGUGGUUUGCAGGAGGCUCAGGGGAAAUUUAUCCAAGGCGUUGCACUAAUGGCGAAUCCUGUUGAGCAAUUUAUCAUCUUUAACUUGUCUUGCAAAACCAAGAAGGCUUUGACAUUGUUACAGCCAUCAAGUCUCAGUACAUAGAAAUCGUAAGGGGGUUCCUAGCAAUUGCCCAAGGACAUCUUCGGAAUAACUGUAUGUUUGCAUUGUAAGGAUGUAGGAAGAGCCAGUGGCCCAGAGAGCCCAGUGGCCAACCAAAUGCCUGUGGGAAACCCACAAGCAGGACCUGAAUGCAAUAACACUUUCCCUCCCUCCAGAGGUUUUCAGCAACUGAUCUUCAGCAGCAUUGCUGCCUCUUGUGGCUAGUGUUGUUGUUGUUUAGUCGUUUAGUCGUGUCCGACUCUUCGUGACCCCAUGGACCAGAGCACGCCAGGCACUUCUGUCUUCCACCGCCUCCCGCAGUUUGGUCAGGCUCAUGUUUGUAGCUUCGAGAACACUGUCCAACCACCUCAUCCUCUGUCGUCCCCUUCUCCUUGUGCCCUCCAUCUUUCCCAACAUCAGGGUCUUUUCCAGGGAGUCUUCUCUUCUCAUGAGGUGGCCAAAGUAUUGGAGCCUCAGCUUCAGGAUCUGUCCUUCCAGUGAGCACUCAGGGCUGAUUUCCUUAAGAAUGGAGAGGUUUGAUCUUCUUGCAGUCCAUGGGACUCUCAAGAGUCUCCUCCAGCACCAUAAUUCAAAAGCAUCAAAACUUAUGGCUAGUAGCCAUUCAUUUAUGUGUCCCGAAUCUCCAGCAUUCACCUUCGUUGGAUGUCUAUGAGUUUUAGCAUUAUAAGAAAUGGAGAAAAACUUUUCUCUAUCCACUUCAUCUGUGCCAUGUGUAAUUUUAUAAAUUUCUUUCAUGUCACCGUCUAUCAUCUUGCAUGGUUCUCUGGAUUGGACGUGCUCCACGUAUAGUUUAUCUCUCUGGGUGUUUUCUUCACAGCAGGCUUCAGGUUGUUGGCCAAUCCUUUGCCAUCCCCAGGGUCAGGGUGGCUGAACCUGCCAAUUCCAGUUUCUCAAUCUUCCAUUCUUUAAGCUCAGCUUGCCACAUUUCUGCACCAGUUUGCGAUUUUCAAGAAGCCCUCAUGACAUUCACCAGCAGGUUAAUGCAAUUUUGCUGAAUGGACACGUUUUCCCAAGCCACUUUUGCAUAGCAGUAAAGUAGCAGCAACAGCAGCAGCAGCAGCAGCAAACAACAUUAUGGGGAAACCUGACGUAUUAAACAAAUUUAAGCCAGAAACUAAAACUCAGCGAGGUGGAUGCCAGAUAGGCAGAGGAUGCUUCAAACCCAGAGAGUUAUCAAGGAAAAAGGCCUUCUCUCCUAAUUUGGAGAAGGGCUUCUGUACAGUGGUACCUCGGGUUACAUACGCUUCAGGUUACAGACUCGCUAACCCAGAAAUAGUACCUCGGGUUAAGAACUUUGCUUCAGGAUGAGAACAGAAAUCGUGCUCCGGCGGCGCAGCAGCAGCAGGAGGCCCCAUUAGCUAAAGUGGUGCUUCAGGUUAAGAACAGUUUCAGGUUCAGAACGGACUUCCGGAAUGAAUUAAGUACUUACCACUGUAUAUUAUUUAGCCAUCAGGCAGGGUAACCCAGAAGGUGGGGAACAGAAGUGGCCCUUUGAAUUCUCCCCAAGCCUUCCCACUGGCCCCUGCAUAAUAUCGGGAGUGUUUUUGCCCUACUGGGAUGUGUCCUCUUGCUUCCUUGUAUGCAGGAUAGAGAAGGGUGUGUGACUGUGUGCAGAAACUAGCCAGCUGAAAUUGACAGCUAUCGCUCCACCCGCUUUCACCUUUGGCUCCACCUACUAGUGACAUGUGGCCCUCGGAAGGUUGCCCAGAGUGACAUGUGGCCCUUGGGUUGCAAAGGGUAACCCUGCCACUGCAGUCGGCAUUUCUGCCUUCCCGGCCGCUCAUCCCCAGAUGUAGCAUCUUGGCUUUUUUAAAGGGAGGCUCCUUCUUUAAACUUGAUUUUCAGCAGCUGGCUUAGCGGCGGCAAAGGCGGGGUCAGUCGGCUUUGCCUAAGGACCGCUUGCGAAGUGGCUGGGAUGAAGGCUGAACCUGGGAGCUUCCCUGGUUCCCAGCCUUGGCCGUGACGUCUGGAGCAGAUGGCCUCUUGAAUGCAGCUCAAAGACGGCCACCCUUUCCCCUCCGCCUAUUGUCCCUCAUUGUUCGGAGCUGAAUGGGGCGCUGCUGAAAGCGAAAGUCUGCUUGCUUUGCGGAGCCUGGGAGAUGCGGCCCAAGCGAUGUGGAUUCUCGAGAGGGAUUGAAAAAGAGGCCUCCUUCCUCGCUGGGCUUGCAUCCUUAAGAGGACUGGGAACUGUUCUCAGAGCACACACAACUGCCACCUUCUUUCACAUCUACCUCUCAGAUUUUUUGGGGAGGGGGUGUGAGAGGACUCUCCCCCCCUCCUCUCUUUUCUUCUGCCACCUCCUUGCAAUUUUCCUGCUUGGAGAGGGUGCUCAGCACAGACAAUUGGCCAUUUUCAUUCUUUGCUCUUUCCCAGGGCGUUGAAUACUUGCACACUGCUAGAUGUAGGCAGGAGAAGGGCCUUAGGCGAGCUCAAGUACAGGCAGCUCCUUCCCCUCCUGCCUGGGGAGAAGGCGGCAGAACGGACAAAGCCCCGUCCCUGGUAAACAGCUCCAGAGACAGGAAUGGUCCCUGCAAGAAAGAUGAACAGGUGUAGCCCAAAAGGCUAGCGGCCUUUUAUCUGCAUAAUGCAUUCUUAGCUAAGUUGCGGUGGGAAAGAGGCUGAGCUCUACACUUGAGUUCCUUGCAGAGUGGACCGCCUUUCAAAUGCCACAUGGCUGGGGGGGGGGAGAGCAAAGGGAAACCCAUUGGGGAAAAGUGCUGGAGCCCCUUCCCAGGGAGGGACAGCUACAGAGUUGUGUGUGUGUGUGUGGGGUUUAGUUUAGAAAGGCUAAGGUUGCCUUCUCCCCAUUAGGUGCUAUGAGACCCCCACUGGCCAUCAGUCUCUUCCAAUGAUCAGGGAUGGUGGGAGCUUUAGUCCAUUUUUUGGGGGGGGAUCAGGUUGGAGACGGUUGUGAUAGGGAGGGCUCUACGCCAUUUUGCUGUAGUUCGGUGGCAGAGCAUCUGCUUGGCAUGCAGAAGGCCCCAGGUUUGAUUCCCAACAGCUCCAGGUCAGACUUUGAAACCCUGGAAAGCCUCUUCCAGAAGGUGUAGACCAGAGCUUUCCAAACUGUGUGUUGCAACACGUUAGUGUGUCGGCUGUAGUGUGUAGCUGUCCCUGCACUCCUCCAGGGGCUGGAAAGGGGUUCAUUUAACCUCCAAUUUCCUAGUAAAACUGAAUUAAUGUGUCGCAAAACGUCGCAUUUCCAACAAGUGUCACCAACAGGAAAAGUUUGGAAAGCUCUGGUGUAGACAGUACUGAACUAGAGGGACUAACGCAGGGGUCAGCAAACUUUUUCAGCAGAGGGCUGAUCCAUUGUCCCUCAGACCUUGGUGGGGGGGGGCGGAAUAUAUUUUUUGGGGGGAAAUAUGAACGAAUUCCUAUGCCCCACAAAUAACCCAAAGAUGCAUUUUAAAUAAAAGGACACAUUCUACUCAUGUAAAAACACGCUGAUUCCCAGACUGUCCGCGGGCCGGAUUUAGAAGGCGAUUGGGCCGCAUCCGGCCCCCGGGCCUUAGUUUGCCUACCCAUGGACUAACGGUUUGACAUAACUUUGGUUUAACAUAGCUAGCACUGCAGGAGCAAGGGCAGUGCAGGAGGGGGAGAAGUGUAGCUCACGGGAAGAACCCUAACUCUCUUUCCCAGCUUCCUAAACUACGAAUGCAGCCAGGCACCAGAGUUUAAUGCAGUCAGGAUUGUAGCAUCAAAUCCAGCAAAAGCAGAGGUUUUCUGGGUGCUUGUUCCUGGCUUGAUAGGGUUGCUUAUGCUUGGAAUGUGUGUCUGAAUUGACCAUUAGUCUGGAGCAUAAAAGGUUUCUGCUGAUCAUUUUAUGGCAUCUCCCCUUCUCGGUUUGGGAGCAGCCGCUUGGCCUCUCGACUCUCUUCCCCCGCCCCCCAAUCCUUUCUGAAGAGGAGCCACAGCUAAAUAAGCUGGCACCUCCUUGAGCUCCCGCUUGAUUAACAGCAGCGCUUUGUCAAGGCCAAGAUCAGGCCCCAGCCCCCUCCACUGCUAGCGUCCCUUUGAUGCCGUCUCUUGCACCCACCACCCUCGCUGAGCUCAGUGGCUCGGCUUUCACAGGUCACAGGAAGGGAACAAUGGAGGCAAGAGGCCUUGCUGGAAAGAAGGCAGGAGGAGCAGCAAGCGGGAUUUUGCUGCGAGGCAAGGCUCCAGAAAGCUAGCAAGGACCGCCUUCGGAUGCACAGAGGGGGCAAAGGGCUGGUGGCAGCAUCCAGGUGGCAUGCAGAGGAGUGGUGGUGCUCAGUCCUGCCUCCACUGUCGGAGGCAACAAUGCUUCUGAUUGCCCUUUGCUGGAAAUGGCAGAAGGGGAGAGGGCUCUUGUGUUUGGGUCCCGCAUGAGGGCUUCCCACAGGCAUCUGGUUGGCCACUGUGAGAACAGGAUGGUGGACUAGAUGGGCCUUUGGCCUGAUCAAGCAGGGUUUCUUCUUCUUUUUCUUCUUCUUCUUCCUCUUCUUUCUUCUUCUUUCUUCUUCUUCUUCUUUAUAAAAUAAUAAAUUUUAUUAGUGUUUUCCACACAACAACAACAUGAAAAAUAUCAAAAAAUAACAAUACACAAAACACAAAAGCCAGCAUGCCACAAAAAAUCUGUAUCUUUCAAUUUAAUAAUAUAAACACUAAAAGCAACAACACUGACUUCCACCAAUCCCACAGCACCUCCUUUACCUCUCAUUGUAUCUUCCUGUUUUCUUGUUUUCCUUAUCAUCUCUAUCCUAGCAUCUAGAUAUAAAUCCCUCUUUCUUAUCCUUUCACUUCACAAGGUGAUUCUAGACACAGCCAGAUUUCCGUCCUCGAACCUUGGCUUUUAAGGUAUUCAUUUAAGCACUCCCAUUCCCUUUUCACUUCACUUUUUGAUUUUUAUCUUAUUAUAUCUGUCAAUUUGGCUAAUUCUAAAUAUUCUGAAAGCUUGCAUAACCAUUCUCCCCUAGUGGGUAACUGAUUCCCUUUCCAAUAGUUGGCCACCAGGAUUCUUGAAGCAGAUGUUGCGUAUAAGACUGUAAACAGGGUUUCUUCUAUGUUCUUAUGGACUAGAACAACUCCUAUGGCUGAUUUAGGACAAAUCAAGCCACAGGCCCUUCUAGCUCAGGAUGGCCUCCAAACCAGUUGCUGAGAAUUGGAAGUGGGGAGACGGCUGUUGUUUUCCGGCCCUUCUUUGGGGCUUCACAUUGAGGAAUCUGGUUGGCUGCUGUGAGAACAGGUCUAGAGGGCCCCCCUUUGGCUUGAUCCAGCAGGUUCCUUUAAUGCUCCUCACCAAAGGCUGGAGGUGGGUUGGGGAAUCUUUAGUCCUCCAGAUAUGGCUGGACUCCCAAUUCCUAUGGUCCUCGUGGUCAGGGAUGGUGGGGGGUGGGGUCCAAUGACAUCUGGAGAGCAUGUGAUUGCCUCCCCUGGUGCAGAGAAUGCCGAGCUAGUUGGAUCAGUGACAGCAUCCUUUGUUUGUAGGAGCUCAAAGCGCCUGAGUCUCUCUGUGUUGUCAGUUUCUCCUUCCACUUAGCUUCUGCUGCUGCGGCCAGCAGUUCUUCCAUGUCUUGGGUGGGGUUGGUUCAUUCCGUCACCCCCAGUGCAGAGUCUUGGCUGCCUUUGGAGCCUCUGAAUGAGUUUUCUGGGAGGAAACUCGCUUAAUAUUUCAUUUCAUUUCAAGAUUCAAAGUUACACUUUGCCACUCAACGGUAAUAAUCCUAUUCUGGAAUCCUAAUGACUUCCUGCUCACCCAUCCUCGGUAUUUAUAAUCAUGAUUACACACAAUUGCGUUUUUAAAUUCCAUCGCAUCCAGUUUCAUCUUUAACAGGUUUCUUAACUAUGUUCUGCUUUUUCUUUUUCUUAAACUUCAAACCCCACUGUGGACUUUGCAUAUGAAAAGGUAUUUUUAAAUAGACGAGAAAAGGUUUACAGUCCUUGAAAGAUACUAAACUUGUGCCUCUUAUCAGCGUGUCAGUUUUGCCAUCUCUGCGUAUUCCACGAUUUUCAUCAGGUAUUUUUCCUUUGAGGGUAUUCAUUCCUCCUUCUGUUUCUGUGCAUAGUGAUUCCUUGCCACUGUGGUUAAAUAAACAUAAAUACAGUUGAAGCUUUCUUUGGAAUUUCUCUGUCCAGAAAACUCCAGGUGCUAAGAAAUAGUGUUUAUUUUUCUGAGCCCAAUUGCAUUUCAGGGCACCGGUAGCGGCAAUGGGGUGGGCGGAAGGAAAGAAAUCUUUUUGCAAAGGUUCCAACCCCCUUCGCAUCAGGGAUACUGCAGCAAGUCCCACGAUAUCUUCUGGUGCGUUAGAGAAAUGUUGCUAAAAGGUGGCCUUUGGGAACAGGCUGGGCUUACAGUAAAAAGAGUUUUGUAGUACAGUGGUACCUCGGGUUACAUACGCUUCAGGUUACAUACGCUUCAGGUUACGCACUCCUUUAACCCAGAAAUAGUGCUUCAGGUUAAGAACUUUGCUUCAGGAUAAAAACAGAAAUCAGGCUCUGGUGGCGCGGCGGCAGCAGGAGGCCCCAUUAGCUAAAAUGGUGCUUCAGGUUAAGAACAGUUUCGGGUUAAGACCGGACCUCCGGAAUGAAUUAAGUACUUAACCCGAAGUACCACUGUACUUGGGAAUUCCCUCUCCCUCCUCUUUUUAACUGGCUGGGGCUUCUACCCAUUUUUGUGCUUGGAUUUUAUGCUCUGGAAGGUGCUGUGGACCUCACUCAGACCUCAUCUCUUACUCUCCUGUCUGCUUUAAAAGGAAACUCCCCCCCCCCCCAGACCGAGGAGAGCCUGGGGUGGGGAGGGGAAGUUGAGUGUGUGCUGGGCAGUCGGUAAUUUGAGAAAGAGUGAUUUAAGGCUUCCAGACAUCCCGAGGCAGACUUAGCCGGAUGUUGGGCCCGAUCCCUGGCCAUGGUGAGCAUGAGGCCAUCCACAAGAAUCUCCAGGAGAAGUGGGCAGAGCUCGGCGCUUCUGCCGCUGCCUGUCCAUUCAGAGCUGGGCUGUGUGCAUUUGAACUCCUGCCAUGGCAACAAGUUCAUCCUCAGGCCAACUCGACUGUGGAUGGCAGUGAGGGGUGUGAGCAAAGCAGUGUUAUGAGGAGGCAGGCGGCGGAGGGUGUGUGUGUGUGUUCUAGCUGCCGGAGCGAGUGAGAGGACUAUCCAUCCCCGGAGACCCGGUGGAAGGCAAAAUGCAAUUACUGAGCCCGAGAUCCUCUUCUCUUCUUCCUGGUAUGCUUUGCAAUUGGCAAAGAGGCCCAGGGCCAUCGUCUCAAGAGGCCACGACUUUGCAGAAAAGCAUGAACUUUGCCUGCAAGGGCAGGAGUGGGGAGUCUAGCUUAGCCCGAGGGCUGCAUUCCCCCAAGGGGAACUUUCCAGGGUCCGCAAGCCAGUGGGGGCUGGAGGUGAAGGUGGAUGGGGCAGCAGGUGUGCUUCUUACCUUGUGCCGUAGUUUGCAUUCCAGGCUUGUGAAACCACUUCCCCACCCAAAACACAUUUCUCCAACUCUACCCAGCUUAUUCAUAUAUUUGAAGGGGCUAUAGCAGGGGUUGGCAAACUAUGGCUCCCAGGCUGGAUCAGGCCUACCUGGGUCCUAAAUCCGGCCCGCACCACGAAGCCAGAACCCGCCACAAAGCCGAGACUCCUGGCAAUGGCAACAAAAGGAAGAGGCUGAGUGGUGGCAGCUCUGCCACUCAAACGCUGUGCCUGAUUUACCUCAGCGGUGUUUGAUUGGCCCAGACAUCCCCGCGCCAUGCUGAGGUAAACCAGGGGUGGCGUUUGAUUGGUAGAGCUGCCGCCACUUGGCCUCUUCCGUCUGUUGCCACUUGGCCUCUUCCUCCACCACUGUCGCCACCCUGGUGCUCCCGUGGGCCAGAGACCAGAGUGGAUGAGCUUGCCCUGCCUACCCACGAGAAACAGCAGCUGUGGUGGUGGCGGCAGCCCCUGGGAAGGUAAGCGCUGGGGCUGGGGAGGAGGACUACUUGCCCCCCUCGCCUCUUCUUCCAGCUCCGCUCCCCGGUGCCGUUUCUCUGGCCUGCCACAAGGUCUGAGGGACAGUGGACCAGCCCGCUGCCAAAAACUUUUGCUGACCCCUGGCCUAUAGCAUUGCCUCUUAGGAGCAUAGGAAGCUGCCUUAAACUGACUCAGACCAUUGGCCCAUUUGGCUCAGUAUUGUUUACACUGACUGGCAGCAGCUCUACGGGGCUUCAGGGAGGGGGAUCUCUCCCAGCUAGAGAUGCCAGAGUUUGGGCCUGGGACCUCCUGCAUGUAUUACAUCAGGCACAGAGAUUUCACAGAAGGACAGUUCCCAGAGUGGUUUAGCUGUCAAUCCCUCUUCCUAGGGAGCUCUGGGUAUUGUAGCUGUGUGAGGAGAAGGGGGGUGUAUUGAUAACUCUCACCACCCUUAACAAAUCAUGCUUCUCAGGAUACUAUGUUCCUGCUACAAAUGUGUAGUGUGAAUGGGGCCAUAGCUGUGUGAUGCAGUUCCCUUGCUCUGCCUCAUGGGAAGGCGGGUGCCCACCCUGUACCCCUAAAUAUAUGGGGAUGACAUCAUGCUGGGGAGCAGCCAAUCAUAGUUAGGGAUUAGAGGCACUGCCUGCUUUGCACAGUUUACAUGUCUGUUGAGGGAACCAGCAGCGCCAUCUUGUUGCCUCAUAACCUGCGAAAAAUCUCUUAAAGGGAGUGGGGAGGGAGCCCUAGAAGUAAGGAGCAUCUGCUAAGGGUUCAGCUAUGUCGGUGCUUUCCUUUUUGAAAGAUGGAAGCCCCUUGCCAAGCCCUUGGCAUUGUCUUACUUGGGCCUGAUGCUGGAUCUCACUGGACCAAGUAGGUCAGGAGUUUCAGGACCACGGAGAGCUCCAGGUGAGCCUCUGUGCUCUGAGGAAAGCUGAGGAAGACUGAACCUUUUACUCCUAAGCUCUGCUCCCCCAUGUGGAUAACUUCAGUUUCUUAAAGGGCCAACUCUCUCACCUGAAGAUGGGCUGGCCUCCUCUAUUCCAUAACCCACCACCUGGUGAGCUCCCUUUGCUGCCCGGUCAAUGAGGUCCUGUGGGAGGUGAAGGUGCCCAAGACGACCUGAGCUCUGACCCUACCGGCCCUGGAGGUAUGAGAGUUUUUUUUAUAGGAGCUCUGGAGGGUAAGGCUCCACGAUCCUCUGGAUCUCCACCAGCUGGCCCAAAGCUUUGAACCUGGCCUCAGACUUUGAAGUCUUGCUUGCUGCUGGGUUCAUGACAAAGCCAGCAGCUGCAAUGCAGCAGAAAGAUGGAAAUACAGUAUACUUCAAGAAACAAAGAGAGGGCCUUGGACUUAGGAUAGCUCAGUCAGUAGAGCACAAGACUCUUAUUCUUACGGUCAUGGGUUCGAGCCCCACGUUGGGCACAAGAUUCCGGCAUGGCAGGGGGUUGGACUAGAUGACCCUUGUGGUCCCUUCCAGCUCUACAGUUCUAUGAUUCUACGAUUCUCUGGUAGUGGUCAACAGUGUUCCUCAUAGAAAUAAGGCAUGUAUCAGCAUCAACGCAAUUUUGGUGCUUGCGGGGGGCGGGGAAUUCUCCUCACUGUGGCUUUUGCUGGCUCUUGAUGUCUGUCGCUGUAGAACUUUUAAGGAUUAUUUUUGGAUUGUUGAUUGAUCAUUGCUUGUUGUAUUUUGGUGAUUUUUUUAUCGCAUUUGAAGGUUUUAUAUCGUAUUUGCUGUACAUUGCCAUGAGACACCCACAUAACAGUUGGGAUAUAAAUAUUUCAAUAAAGCAAAUAAUAAGGAGAAAUCUGCACAUAUAUAUUUUCCCCGCAAAGGUUUUGUGUUUAGAAUUUUUAUUUAUUUAUUUAAUGGAUCUGGCAGCAGCACGUCAACGAAAACUCUGGCACAAAAUUGCUGCAAAGUUUGGCUCCUUGCCAGGGACGAUAAUGGCCCGGGUGCUGGAUUUAGCAGACAAAUAACACUUUCUUAACCACUGCCGCAUAAUUAUGAGACACUCUUUUAAUGCAGCUCUUUCUCUCCAGUCCCCCCCCCGCCUUCGGCAAGGCCACCCCCCCCCACCAAGAGCUGCCGAGUGAGCUGGGUGGUGGUGUUUUAAGGAAAACAAGAGUGACGUUUUGACAGCGUGACUCCAGGUACUUUUGGCAAAUGUAAAAUACUUCAUUUAAAUCUAAUUUAGACAAACCAGACCACUUACAGUUGGAAAAAAAAGGAAGGAGGAUGGCUUAAUGGUGGCUUUUUUAUUUUUAUUGUGAAGUGUUAAGUGGUUCCCAGUUUCUGAAAGCUCAUUGUCCUCGUCUCCCACCUCCCAAAAAGGAAAUUAGUUUGGAUGGAGCUGGAAUACUCCAUUAAAGGACCAACGUUGUUCACUACUAACUGUGUCUAACAGGCGGUUUGCAAAACAUUUUUGUUCCUACUAAAGCAGCCUUCCAAGCAACCUGCAGAUGUUGUUGGACUACAAUUCCCAGCAGCCCCAGCCAGCAUGGCAACAUCUGCAGGGGCACCAGGCUGAAGAAGAUUGUCCUAAAGCUUGGGCUGGUUUUCAGAUGUCACUUAAAAUGUCUCCUUUAUUUGGGCCACAACUCACCUUCCAAAAAAGACAUUACCUUUCAACAACUCAGAGGUAAACAUGGUGCAGGUGAUCUCUGUGUGGGAUAUAGUAUCAAUUGUGACGGCUCGCUUUGGGGACUUUUUAAAUAACACAUUACACUUCCUCAAGGACAUUUUGAAUUUUCUGAAACAUGUCUCAUUCCUUCCUCCCAGGACUUUUUGAGGGAGGUGUUCCUGGUGAGUUCCGGCACAUCUUUUUCUAGAAAAAUAUUGCUGCCUCCUCCCUAGGUCAGGGGAAGAAGACUUUGUCCCCAAAUAGUUUUUUGUGAUUUUUUUUAAAAAAUAGAAGUCCAGUUUGGGUGGAACUGCACAUAAAGAAGAGACAGACGAGGUUGUCAGUAAAACAAGAAGACUUAAAUUGAUUUCUGUCCCUCUGAUGGAUGUUGUACCUAGUCUAGUGUGUUACUUUUUUCAUAUUUACAUAUUACUAAAGGUAACAUAUAAAAAUGCAUUUAUAUUUGGGGAAAUUAACUGGUAGCAUUUUGUGUAUGUUAGAUGCAUAUGAAGAUACGUAUAUUAAGAGAAAGGAGCACUAAAAUGCUCCUGAAUUUACAUGAAGAAUUAAAACAACAAAACACAAACUGAUUUGGAGUCCUGAAUUUAAGAUUGGGAAAAUGAAAGAGCAAAACUGACCACUUGGCCCAUCCAUGGUUCCAGCAGGUACCUGCUUAGCAAACUGAGAAAAGAAAUAGCAUGUGAUAGAGCCCCCCUUUUUUAAAUUUAACAAGAUGUAUAUACUUCUUAAACAACAAAACUCCUCAUAGCUGUUUAUGCAAAUCAAUUUGUACAUUAAAAUACACAUAUAACAUAAAACUUUUAAAACAAGUAGACAUGAUUCCCCCCUUCCCAAGUGUAGAUUAAAACCUUUCAAGGACAUGUACAUGUCUGGGUAAGGUAAAGGUAAAGGGGCCCCUGACCAUUAGGUCCAGUCGUGGCCGACUCUGGGGUUGCGGCGCUCAUCCCGCUUUAUUGGCUGAGGGAGCCGGCGUACAGCUUCCAGGUCAUGUGGCCGGCAUGACUAAGCCACUUCUGGCGAACCAGAGCAGCAUGGAAACGCCGUUUACCUUCCAGCCUGAGUGGUACCUAUUUAUCUACUUGCACUUUGACGUGCUUUCGAACUGCUAGGUUGGCAGGAGCAGGGACCAAGCAACGGGAGCUCACCCCGUCGUGGGGAUUCGAACUGCCGACCUUCUGAUUGGCAAGUCCUAGGCUCUGUGGUUUAACCCACAGCGCCACCCAUGUCCUGACAUGUCUGGGUAGGCUCCCCUAAAAAAACUUUUUAAUAGAUGUGGAAAACAGCACAAUGAAGGUGCCUGCCUAAUACUAGUAAGCAGCAAGUUCGGGAAGUAGAUCAUAGAAUCAUAGAGUUGUCGUGGUGGAAGGGAUCCCAAGGGUCAUCUAGCUGAACGCCCUGCAAUGCAGGAAUCUCAACUACAUUGUACAUGACAGGUGGCCAUGCAACCUCUGCAUCCAAAAACCUCCAAGGAAGGAGAGUCUACCACCUCUUGUGAGAGUCUGUUCCACUGCCGAACAGCUCUUCCUGUCAGAGGUUUCUUCCUAAUGUUUAGUCGGAAUCUCACUUCUUGUAACUGGAAGCUGUUGGUUUGAGUUCUGUCCUCUAGAGCAGGAGAAAACAAGCUUGCUCCCUCUUCCCUGUAAAAGCCCUUGAGAUAUUUGAGGAUGGCCAUCAUAUCUCCUUUCGGUUGCAACUUUUCCAGGCUGAACAUAUCCAGCUCCUUCAACCAUUCCUCAUAAGAUCCUCUUUACUCUAGCAGUCUAGAUGCUGCUAGACUCAAGCACUUGCAAGUCCUCUAAAAUGUUGUUGUUUUUUAAAAAGCAGAACCUAUCACUCUGCAUGUAGAAACAUAGCACAUUAGGGGGGAAAGGAAGCCAAACCUCUUUCCGGCGAGUUAGCUGGAUCAGACCAGUCAGUGUCUCAAGUAAAGGUAAAAAGAUAAAAGGCAAAGGACCCCUGGAUGGUUAAGUCCAGUCAAAGGCAACUAUGGGGUUGCGGCGCUCAUCUCGCUUUCAGGCCGAUGGAGCUGGCGUUUGUCCGCAGACAGCUUUCUGGCUCAUGUGGCAAGCAUGACUAAACCGCUUCUGGUGCAACGGGACACCGGGAUGGAAACCAGAGCGCACGGAAACGCCAUUUACUUUCCAACCGCAGUGGUACCUAUUUAUCUACUUGCACUGGCAUGCUUUCAAACUGCUAGGUUGCCAGGAGCUGGGAAAGAGUAACGGGAGCUCACUUUGUCGUGGGGAUUCGAACCGCUGACCUUCUGAUUGGCAAUCCCCAAGGGCUCAGUGGUUUAGACCACAGCGCCACCCGUGUCCCAGUUGCAGCUAGUAGCCACUGAUGGCCUUGUCCUCCAUGAAUUUGUCCAAUCCUUUUUUUAAAUCCAUCCAAAUCUAUCACUGCUUCUAUGGGAGUGAGUUCCCUAGUUUAACUACGUGCUCUAUGAAGAAGUCCUUUCUUUUAUCUGCCCUGAAUCUUCCAACAUGCGGUUUCAUUGAAAUUAUUAUCUUUUUGAAAAAAGGAAAUGAACCAGCAACUUGCAGAAAACAUUUUGAAUAGCGGAAUAUUGGUUAUGCAAACCCACUGGAAGUUUGUUUUAAAAUUGUGUCAUGCAUACUCCCCUCCCUGCAUUAAAAAUCUCCUUACCACCCACAGCUUCUAGUUCUCACAGAAUUAAAGAUUUUCAAACGUCUUUCAUCCAUUGUUGGCCACCUCUCCCUCCCUCCCACCCUCCCUCCUUCCUGCCAUCUUCUUUCAGGGCUUCCACUUGGGGGGGGGGGGGAAGCACCAGGAAGCAGAUGUCCAAAAAGAGCAUUUUUUCUUUCUUUCUUUUUUCCUCCUCCCCAAGUUCUCACACCACUAGAAACCUUCUCAAGAGGGGAGCACUUCAUUUUUAUAAUGUAGAUGAAUCCUUUUCCACCCCACCCCAGUCUUACACUGCCUUGAAAUCCUGGGCUGGGAACAUGCUAAGCCAGCAAAUUCACAAAGCUUAUUAGAGUCCUCUGGCCUUUAGGAACAAGAGGGGGAUUUGCAAUUUUAAGCUGAGAGGGAUAAUUAUGAUAAUCAUCAUAAUUUUGGGAAUGGGGGCAGAAAGAGUCCUUUCCUCACCAAUGAAUUCUGGGGUUGCUUUUUUUGUAGGGGGUGGGAGAGGGAGUGGGGGAAGGGUCCGGAUGUCGCAGACCACCCUGCCCUGAGCAAACAAAUGAUUUUGAAGGUCCAUAAUUGCAAGCCUGUCUUUUAAGGAAUCCUCUGGAGGAUUCCUGAGUAAUGGAGGUCACGCAAGGUCAGCGAGGAGCACAGGAGGAUAAAUCUGAAAGCAUGAAGUCUCUCUCCCCUUUUUAAAGCCCAUGCAUAAAGGAUUUAUUUUCUAGAAAGGACAACUUGGGAACAAUACCCUGCUGUGUGUGUGCUUGCACGUGCACGCACACACAUUCACACCAACACACAUGCACACACCUCACCUAAGGGCUGAAAAAUAAAUAACAGAGCCCAGGCUAGCUCCCCUGUAAAGCAUCAUUGUCAUUAGAGGAGGGGUGGGAAGAAAGAAACGGUUCUUUGAAGAAAUAGCCCCCCAAGACUGUGGGCAGAUUCUUAAGCCAAAGGGUAUCUUAAGUCAGCCCAUGAAAGCAGUUGGUUCAUGAGAUCAGGGUUUUAGAGAUGAGCAAAACAGAGGUGAGAAAGUCAGAAAGUCAGAUUUGGAUUCAUGGUACAAAAUGCUCUCUCAGCAGUGGCCCAGUAGAAGUCAGUUGUGUGGACUCAUCUGGCAAAUUGGCAUCUUAACAUCCCUCAGAACAUGCUCGCCAGACUGCUCCAAAGCUUGCAAAACCACCAAAUGGAAAGUCGACUCAAAUUGUGGAUUUGCACAAACAGACCUCUUCCUUCUACACCCUCACCAGCUAUCUUUAACAAAACUCCUCAUAAACAAAACAGCUCUGAAGUUUGGUCUGGAAAGGGUUAGGCCAUAAAAAGCCGAGGAAGAUUGGUGACUGAUGAAAAAGGUGAAACGCCAGCAGUUGCUAAACAGUCUCAAAAUAAACUGUGAUACCACCGUUCAAUGAUCUUUUUGCCUUUUAAAAAUCAAAAAUCCAACCCACAUUCAUUCACAUCACAGGCAGAUUAUAUUCACCAGGUGAAAUCCAGCCCACUGGUGGCUAUUAAACUCGACAGUGUAAUAAGUCCAAUAUGUAUUUCAAUUUACUUUGCAGCAACUACAUUUAAUUUACUCACUGCGGGGUUUGGAAUGUAAUCUUCUCCAUUCCUAGUAUUUGUCGAAUGCAUUAUACAUAAAGUCGGAAGAGGAACAGAGCACAGCUACCUCAUGAUUUGCUGCCUGGAUGAGAUGGCGAAUGUGAGCCAAUUAACGAUGAAAUCUUAGCAGUGCAUAGUUUAAUUAUAUUUGCAGAUGAAUUAAAUGCAUUUCCUCCCAUUCCAGGUUUCCUGUGAAGCUUGAUUAAAGU